GAAGCACGGCCAGAAUCGGAAAACACACGAGGACCUUUCUUGUUUUACUUGGUUCUAUGUUUCGUUGAGGCACAGAUCAGGUAGGAGAACUAAAAUAUGAACGAAGUGAUAUUUGUAGUCAGAGUAAUAGCACAUACAACAAUAUUAUGAUAGCCUCAACGAAACAUAGCACUAAUUAAAACAAGAAAGGCCUUCUUGUGUUUCCCGAUUCUGACACUGCUUCUCAUCUAUUCAAGUAGAGAAGUUGCAAUAGCAGAUCCACGUUUCCGUGCCACUGCUGCUAUGAAGUAGUGAACUCAACCACUGGUAGUUGUCAUAAUUCGCAGUAGUAACAGUUUAACAUGAAGCAAUGGAUUUGUCACCACUGUUCCUGGGAGAUACCGAAGCGCUCUCUCCACCACGCACGAGCAACACAGAUGUAGCCCUACAUAGAAAGCGCUUUCAUGUGGCACUGCCUUACGAGGAGCGCUUUGUCUCCCAGCCAACAGUAACCACCAACACGGGUGUAGCCACUACAACAACAACAAGCAACACAGGUCAACAAUUUACCUUGUCUCACCUGCUGGAGAGGCAAAAAGAAAUGUUUGAUGGCGUCAUGGCCGCCAUUGGAAGAGUUGAGUCAAAGGUGGACGGAAUAGCAAAUGCUCUGGCCGAAAAGAUGCCCGAACGCGCCGAAGUUCAAGCUCAAGGGCAGCUACUGCGAGAGUGCAAAGUGGUGACCUCGAAAGUUCACCAAAGUAUUUCCCGAAUCACUGGAGAUGCUAUUAGUAAAGAGCAUACUUUGCUUCAAAGUAUGCUUCCACUAUCAUCCCAGGAAAAGUUAAAUACUUUGGAGAAUCUUUUGGGAAACAAACCACACUCCGAUGCGAUGCUGAACAUAAUUUUAAAAUUGAAGGGUGCUAAGGGUUGUGUGAAACACGUGUUGAGAAGCAUUUUUGCCGACACUCUACUCAUUUCAUACAAUUAUGAGGGCAAAGCCAACAAAGCUCCACUUCUGGGGCUAAAAACAAUAGAAUUAGUUUUCGAUGCGUUUGUGAGUAUGCCCAAAAUUGACCUCAUUGCGGAAAUCAGAAAGCACGUGUUCCUAAGCCACAAUAGGUACAAACAAAUUGUAAUAAAAAAAAAUUAAACAUAAUAACAAAUCUAACAAUAAUUAAUUUAAUUAUCUUAUUAUUAAUCUCUAAAAAAAAAGUAACAUAAAAAUUUAAUAACUUUCCAAUCUAAAUUUCAAAAACGUUAUUUAAAUACGGCUAUUCGGGAUUUUUUGUAUAUCGACUGCGGAGUGGAAGAUCGACCUCGGCAGCCAGUUCGAAAAUUACCUAUCUCAAAAAACUUUUCAAGAACGCCCUA